AGCACAAACAACAUAACACAUAUAUCAUACACGAUGAAGUUCCUUUUGGCUAUUGUGUUAUGUGGUGUGGUGGUUCUUGGAACAUUUCCUUUAUCAUCAGAUGCUCAAGCAUCACAACUAGACCCUUCCUUUUAUAGGGACACGUGUCCCACUGUUCAUUCCAUUGUUCGUGAUGUCCUUAGAAAUGUUUCCAAAACCGAUCCCCGCAUUCUUGCUAGCCUCAUGAGGGUCCACUUCCAUGACUGUUUCGUACAAGGUUGUGACGCAUCGAUUCUGUUGAACGACACCGCUACUAUAGUGAGCGAACAAGGUGCAGCUCCAAAUAACAACUCCAUUAGAGGUUUGAAUGUUGUGAAUGACAUCAAGACAGCGGUUGAAGCUGCUUGCCCAAACACUGUUUCUUGUGCUGAUAUUCUUGCACUUGCAGCUGAGAUUGCAUCUGUUUUGGGAGGUGGUCCUGAUUGGAAAGUUCCAUUGGGAAGAAGGGAUAGUUUAACAGCAAACCGCACACUUGCCAAUCAAAACCUUCCAGCUGCUUUCUUCACUCUUCCACAACUUACAACAGCCUUUGCUAAUCAAGGACUCAACAUUACAGAUCUAGUUACACUCUCAGGUGCUCAUACAUUUGGGAGAGCUCAAUGCCAAUUCUUCUUCGCUCGAUUAUACAAUUUCAAUGGCACUGGCAACCCUGAUCCAACCCUAGACAGCAGUUACCGACAAAUACUACAAUCACAAUGCCCUAUAGACGGAUCAAAGAAUACUUCUGUGGUGAACUUGGAUCUAACCACACCCGACACGGUCGACAACAAAUACUAUUCCAACCUUCAGGCUCAAAAGGGUCUGCUUCAAAGUGAUCAAGAACUCUUCUCUACACCAAAUGCAAGCACUACCGCCAUUGUCAACAAUUUUAGCGCUAACCAAACCCUAUUCUUUGAGGCCUUUAAGGCUUCCAUGAUCAAAAUGGGUAAUAUUGGUGUGCUUACCGGAACAAAUGGUGAAAUUAGAAAACAAUGUAAUUUUGUUAAUAGCAACUCUAUGGGAUUGGCUAAUGUUGCAUCUAAUAAGGAAUCUUUCUCAGAAGAUGGCAUCGUUAGCUCCUACUAAAUAAGUUGAUCAGUGCUUUCUAAUAAAAGGGUUUCUAUAUAUCGGCACAUGGAUACAAUGUAUGUGCUUUAAUUUCCCAUGGAUAUGUUACUUUGUACUCUAUAGUCAAUGUGCUUUUUCUGUGUAUUCUUAAUGU